AUGGCCACUCUCAUCCAGAGCCAGACACAUAUCACACUCGUUCUGCAGUGGGACAGUGACAUUGAACCCGCCACAAUCUUGGCCGAACCGUCGCAGAAGAGGGUCAGGAACAAGCGGACAAGGACACCGGCAUCGGGCACGGCACAGCGGGUGGCCAACGCGGGCCUUCAUGGGCGCCCCUGCCACCGAGCAGGGAGACGAGCCCAUGAUGAGAACCAUGAGAGCUUUGGGGACAUCACAGCAUCUCCCGCCGUCGCUGGCACCACCCGGGCAGGGAGACGAGCCCAUGAUGAGAACCAUGAGAGCUUUGGGGACAUCACAGCAUCUCCCGCCGUCGCUGGCACCACCCGGGCAGGUGCCACAGCAGGACAGUGUCAUUUUGGGAAAACCUCUGGCCGCAGCGGCCCCAGUGGAAAGCCUGACUUUGUGGCUUUUGCCAGCAGCUGCACGCUGCACGGACUGAGCCACAUCUUCGUGGAGGGCAGCUUGGGUGCUCGGCAGGCGCUCUGGGCACUGGCCUUCCUCCUCUCCCUCUCCGUCUUCCUCUACCAGGUGGCCGACCGCAUCGUCUACUACCUGGAGUACCACCACGUCACACUGCUCAGCGAGGAGGACAGCCCCGAGAUGAUCUUCCCCGCCGUCACCUUCUGCAACAUCAACCGCGUGCGGGUCUCGCAGCUUAGCCAUGAGGACCUGCUCUACCUGGCUCCCCUGGUUGACUACGAGCCCGGGAUGGAGCUGGGCCCCCCCACCCCCGAGGAGGAGGACGAGCCCCUAAAUUUGUAUGGGUUUUUUAACCGCACUUGCCACCAGCUGGAGGACAUGCUGCUGAGCUGCAGCUACCGGGGCGAGCGGUGCGGCCCCGGGGACUUUUCGGCGGUCUUCACCCGCUACGGGAAGUGCUACACCUUCAACUCGGGGCAGGACGGGAAGCCCCGGCUCAUCACCAUGAAGGGGGGCACCGGCAACGGCCUGGAGAUCAUGCUGGAUAUUCAGCCGGACGAGGACUUUUUUUUGGUGUGGGGGGAAACAGACGAGACCUCAUUCGAAGCCGGGAUCAAGGUGCAGAUCCACAGCCAGGACGAGCCCCCGCUCAUCGACCAGUUGGGCUUCGGGGUGGCACCCGGCUUCCAGACCUUCGUGUCCUGCCAGGAGCAGCGGCUCAUCUACCUGCCCCCUCCCUGGGGAGACUGCAAGGCCAUGGCGGGCGACUCGGAGUUUUACGACACCUACAGCAUCACCGCCUGCCGCAUUGACUGCGAGACGCGCUACCUGGUGGAGAACUGCAACUGCCGCAUGGUGCACAUGCCAGGUGAUGCCCCUUACUGCACCCCAGAGCAGUACAAGGAGUGCGCGGAUCCGGCCUUAGAUUUCCUGGUGGAGAAGGACAACGAGUACUGCGUCUGCGAGAUGCCCUGCAACGUCACCCGCUACGGCAAAGAGCUCUCCAUGGUGAAGAUCCCCAGCAAAGCCUCCGCCAAGUACCUGGCCAAGAAGUACAACAAGUCGGAGCAGUACAUCGGGGAGAACAUCCUGGUGCUGGAUAUCUUCUUUGAAGCCCUGAACUACGAGACGAUCGAGCAGAAGAAGGCGUAUGAGGUGGCCGGCUUGUUGGGUGACAUUGGAGGGCAGAUGGGGCUGUUCAUUGGUGCCAGCAUCCUCACAGUACUGGAGCUGUUCGACUACGCCUACGAGGUGAUAAAGCACCGGCUGUUCCGGGGGGUCAAGUGCCGCAAGAACCACAAGAGGAACAACACGGACAAGGGCGUCGCGCUGAGCAUGGACGACGUGAAACGCCACAAUCCCUGUGAAAGCAUACGGGGCCACCCGGCAGGCAUGACGUACGCAGCCAACAUCCUACCUCACCACCCGGCCCGGGGCACCUUUGAGGACUUCACCUGCUAA